AUGUCUAGUGUUUCGUUUCUGGAUAAGCCAUUGCUUAAGGUCAGCCGGCCAGUGGCAGCAUGCUCGAGAUGUCGGACAGCCAAGAUCAAAUGUGACGGUAAGCUUCCUGCUUGUUCCGCCUGUGAGCGAGUCGGGAAGGCGAGUACUUGUUCUGGUGCAAGUGAUGAAUUUGCAAGAGGGAAAGAAAGGAGCUAUGUUGCUUCGCUAGAAGGUUACUGCGAAAGGCUUGAACGGAGAAUCGCAGACCUCCGUCGCCAUAAAGAGUCAUUAUCCGUUGAUGAAACAGGUUUCAUCCGGGAGAGCUCAAUAACAUCGAUGUCAUCUGCAGGAACUGUCGGACAGGCUCAUCGAAAGGAGGUGUCUGAUAUUGAUGACUUGGUUGGUGACUUUGGCUUUCUCUCCGUCAACGCUACCUCUAGAGACUUUCAUGGGAUUCAAUCUGAUACCUCAUUUGCGAACCUACUCUUAUCUCUUUCAGUUGCAGAGCCAAUUCCGAAGCUAUCACCGCAGCCACUGCCAGCACGCCAUGAGAUCACACCACUUCUGCAACAUUACUUUGAUAAUUUGUUCACCCAAAUGCCGUUUUUUAGCGAGACCAAUUUCUGGACCUCUGUGGACACUGUUUACCAAGCCGGGGGACGCUUUGCCAAGCCUAGUGAUCAUUGGUUUCUGCGUUUGGUGUUAGCAAUCGCUUCUGCAUCGAUGUCGCUUCAAACCGGCGAUAGUAGUCAUCAGAGGGCGCUCUCUUUAAUUUCGGGGGCUUUGCCAUCUGCCGAAGAUGUCCUCCGUCCAGGAUCCAUUCUGGGCAUCCAGGCCAUACUACUGCUUGCUCAGUACUCUCUAUUUGACCCUAAACAUUUUCGCAUGUGGUACCUUAUCGGAAUGGCCGCCAGGGCUUUGGUGGAUUUAGGCUUACAUCAGGACCCCCCUGCGGAGGUCCUGCCGGCCGAUGAACAGUUGGAUAUGCGCCGGCGUGUAUUCCACUGUGUUUAUUGUCUGGACAGGGGUGUGAGCACUGCUUUAGAGAGGACUUUCUCUUUAUCAGAUGACUCUGUCAAUGUCGCCUUGCCAUCCACAUCGGGAACUACGAUGACAGGAAAAGGUCAUAUUUUCUUGCACAGUUCCAAGCCUGCGUGGGAUAUAGUCGAAAUUCGGGAGAUUCUGUCCUCAUCCUAUCAGGCGAAGUACUUCUGUACAAAUGGCUUAUCAUCGGAGUCGACGUGGGUAUUAUGCUCGAGAGCUCGGGAAUGGUUCGAUAAUACGCCCAAGAAUGUGCCGAACUAUUUCCCCGUUCUCUAUAAACUAGAACUGCUAUAUACAACAAUUAUGAUACUCUCACCUACGCAGGAAUAUUCUAGGCUAUGCGAUUACGGGAUUGUUCUACUGUUUGAUCGCAGCAUACAAUACACUACUGAGCUUCAUCGUAUCUUGGAGACGCGCACUUGGCUGCCGCUGGUAUCAUCUCUUGAUAUCCAACGGAUGUAUCAAGUUAGCCGGCGGCUUGUGGAUAUCCUACGGCGCAAUUAUAAGCUCGUCCUGAGCCCGUCAGUACCUGCGCUUCCUUCCUUAUUCCAUGACAUUCCUAAACCGCCCAUGUUGGAGGUCUGUAAUGGUGUCGACUGCCAUGGUCGUGCUAUUGAAUGCCUUGAUCACAUCGACACCAUUCUGCAGUAUGGUGCGGGAAAGUGGGAACUCAACAGUCUUCUCGAAGGAUUUCAACAGGACGCAGCAUCUGUUUGGAAGCAACUAGUGAACACCCCGAUUGCCUACCAUCCAGGCCCUGGGGCUUAUAUGGCUGGCCCAUGCACAAUAUUACCAGGCGGGGGAACUGUAUACUCUGACAUUAACCUUGGGCAUUUUAAUCAUAAUGCCCAGUGA